UGUAUUUACAACUUUGUUUGAGCUUUGAAUAAUCCUCUGAUAUCAUACUUUUUAGGUUACAUGGGAUCUUCCUGAUUUAAUGACAAAUACAAAAAGGCUGAAUCACUGGCAAAUUGAAAUAUUCCCGGCUAUGUCACUUCCAAUCUCUCUUUCCCCUUUCUUGCCUCAAUACCUAACUUUUCCAAACAACUUUCAAACACCAAAUGUACCAGAAACUAGUACUGCAAGCAUGCAGGGAGCCAGGCAUGAUCAUUUUAGUCACCUCGAAAACAUUCCAUUAGAUAACCCGGCAUUGCAAAAGGAGAGCACCAGUGAGAAGGACUCGCCCUCAAUAUCAAUUUCUACACAACCAUCGGAGAAACUGGAUCAUGCGAAGCCGAACCAGAUUGUGCUUUUAGGACAAAUAAUACAAAUUGACUCGGGAAAUGAAAAUGCUGAGAAGAAAAUCACUAGUUCUUGUUCUGAUCCUCUACAAGACCUGCCAAAACUUUCCUCUGGUGAGAGGCUGGAAUGUGAUCCCGAGAGCCAAUGCAGAAAAGAUACAUUGCCAGGAGAAACAGUGGAGAUUGAAGAUUGAGGUAAGAAUUAGAAAUGAAUAAAGUGUAGUCUCCUCUAGUUCUUCUCUUAGAAAUAUAUCUGUUUCAGUGAAUUCAUCAAAAGAGGCAGGGAGACAGUAGUAUCAGCAAUGAAAGGAAGAAGUCUGAUCAUGUACUGCAACAUAUACGUUGUUGCAAAGUUUGAUUAGGAACAAAUCUGAGUGGAUCCUAUCGGCAUAAUUUCCUAUAAACAUGAUUGGUUUAUAAGAAGUUGUCUAUGUAGUCCAACUCUUGUACACUUUAUUUCAAUUCUCAUUUCAAUUAGCAUUGUAUGCAU